GCCAGACGAACAACAAGAAGGAAAACGUUGUCUCUGCAUGUUUUUCCAAAAAAGAUUAUCCGAAAAGUUGUUUAAAGGCUAAAUCAAAGACAUCAUGCCGGUCAUAUGUGCCGCAACGGGGUGCACCAACAAAUUUAUCAAAGGGUCGGACAUAAGAUUUUACCGGUUCCCUAUCAGCAAACCGCAACUUGCCAACCAGUGGGUGCAUAGUCUAGGCCUGAAAAAUUUCAUCCCAACCACCAACACCUGCCUCUGCUCAGAGCAUUUCAGGCCGGACUGCUUCAGGGACUACAAUGGCAAACAGUUUCUUAGAGAGGAUGCGGUGCCUACUAUUUUUGCCAGUGCGCAGGACUCAUCAAAGUUGCAGAUUGAGCUCCGGAAAAGGGGAGUGAUACCCAAGGAUAUGAAUCCUGCAAACCGGUUUGGAACACAAGCAGAAAAAGAUAGGGCAAAGGAGGCCGCUGCCAGUCAACGCAAGGACAAAAAAGGGAUGAUCAGGGGUGGGCGAGGAGGGGCGCGUGGUGGCAAAAGUAUGACCAGUGACAGACAGUCUUUUGGGGCCAAGAGCAAAGUUUACGACAGCAAGGGCCAGCUGCUCUCCAAUGGCAAGGACAUGUGCGACUGCCUGGAUAUAGAUUGUAUGGGCUGCUUCUACCCAUGCCCAGAAUGCGGCUCGCGCAAGUGUGGAGUUGAGUGCCGCUGUGACCGGAAGUGGCUUUACGAGCAAGUGGAAGUGGAGGGCGGCGAGAUCAUCCGCAAUAAAUAUGCUGCAGAAGUAGGGACAAGUCACUCUUGGAUUCACCAAUAAACCUCAUGUCUUGAAGUCCAAGUUUCAAUUCAGUUGCAGUGUCCUGUAGUCUGGUCAAAUGCAGUUCUUGAGCAAGGUCUGGUAAGAAAGUGUAAUUUUCUCUUGAGUCAAAUUGAAAUAAUUACAGUCCGAACAAGAAACUCGGGGAGAGUUGUAAGAUCACAUACUCUACUAAAGGCCUUCAGUACAUCCAUCCUUGUUUUAGUACCAUAUUGACUGUGUCAGUAAUAACCACGAAGGAUCAGGCUUUACAAUCCAGACACGAGUGUUGAGUUCAGGAUGGUGUGUGUUUUAAUCCAUUAGGAAUUCAUUUCACGUUGUUUGUUCUCAUAAAUGUUUUUUUUUUAAUGAUCCACAUUGUUUAUACCGAAUACAACUUAUUGAAUAUGAUCAAAACAAUCUAAAGUCAACCCUCCCACUUUCUACUUUAGCUGUUGGAAAACUGUGCAGCUUUAUUUUCAUCCAGCAGGGUAGCUAGCUGUUACCUUGCGAGGCAGCUGGAUUCACAAGAGGUGUAUGGUUACGUGUAACAAACCAUCUGGUGCAUCAGGUUAAGCUAGCUGUGCACUGCAAGGCCUUUUUUCUAAUAAAAGCAAAGUUGCAGGUAAUUGCUGAGGCUGAAAUGUGUUUAAAACAUGGGAAAUACAAACAGAUAUAAAACAGGAACUGCUAAAAUAUUAAUUUGGCUCCUAUACUGUUUAAGUAUUGCAUUGUGCUUGCUAUGGCAAGUAUAUAUUGCCAGAGGUUACAAACUUAUAUGAUCCUGUAAGUACACCAUUGUCAGAGUUAUUAAUUUUGAGAGGAAAUAAUGACUUUGGAAAGAGCAUGGCACAAAUGAAAUAAACGGAACAUUCAGCUAUGAUAAAACUGAAUUUUUCUCCCACUUGUAAACUGAUAAAUAUAUAUGUUUUUCUUAAAAAGUUACUGGAGAAUUCACUUUUCAUCCAAAGUCUAUGUGUAGCUGGGGUUCACAAAACACAUACCAUACAUAAACAUCCAUGGAUAUGACCAGAGAGCGAAUCCAUUACUUGAUUAUUGUGGCGACUGGCGAUGAAUUAUUCACUGGUUGGGUUACUUGUUUUAACACCCGA